GAACCAGUUAUAAUUUGUCGAAAACUGCCAUUGACCAGGGAAAAGAAAAAAAAGAUAAACAGAAAUAAAAGGGACAAAAUUAAAACCAGAAACAAUAAAAACGAAUAACAAUUAGGAUUUACCAAAUUUAAAUUAAAUCACAAGAAAAAGGGGAAAACAAAGUUGGAAAGAGGAGCAACGUCUUUCAGUUUAUUUUGUUUCUAAGUGGAAAUUGCCAACAGUUUGUGAUGUCAUUUCGGUGAAGUUGGUUCAAGAUGCCAUAUGAGGACCAAUAUGGCAGGACGUGUGGUUUCCUUAAUAUUGAGGAAGAUGAGAAUACGGGAGUGUUUAAAAGGAGGUACUUCCUACUGGAUUCCAACACAAAUAAACUGCACUACUUCAAGGAUAACCCUAUUAAUUUAAACAGUCAAUCCCACAAUCCAGUAUGGGAGAUUGAACUUCAAAAGGUCUCCAAGGUCAGUGAUGCUCGUAAACUCCGACCCAAGGUUGACUUCUGCUUUGUGGUCAACUUUGCUGGUCAGCGUUAUUUUCUACAAGCGGAGGACCAGACAGACAUGAACAAGUGGAUUGAUGUCCUCAACAAUGCUAGUAAAAUUAUUGUACCCAAAUCUGAGGCACAAAAACAAGAAGCAAUGGAGUGGCAUUAUGGUGAUCUAACACAGGCCAGUUACCGAACCCAGGUGGCUGGAGGUGUAGUUUGUAAAAUUGCUCAGGAGACAAACCCUGAUGAGUUAAGUGGAAGUGCUGAUAGUGAUGAUAAUGUCUCCGGCCGAGGUACCCCAGCUUGCCAUCUCGCAGCUCACAAGUCUGGUUAUGCUGUCAAACAGGGAGCUGUGCGGAAAAGCUGGAAACGGAGGUUUUUUGUACUCACAGAUCAAGGAAUUUCAUAUUAUCAAUCAGAACAAUCACUGUCUCCAAUACGAACAAUACCUAAAAAUAAUCUACUAGAAGUUAAAAAGUCAAUUGCGACACACCUUGACAGAGAUAACCUAUUUGAAAUAAUUACCUCAAAGAGAACAUUCUAUGUCCAGGCAGAUUCUCCAACAGACAUGAGCAGCUGGAUCGAUGCUAUACAAAAACUCCUUAGAACUAUUAAAUGUGAAGAACGAAAGUCUAUGCAAGAUGGCAGUAAUAAAACUCCAAAUUAUGAUAUGGAAGUUGUCUAUCCGAAGGGCCAGUGGUUUCAGAAUCUCUCUUCAUGUUGGUGCCGAGAAAGUGACAACAACAACCAACAACAACAACAACAGCAUCAACCGUCCACCACUGAGGUUACGGGUGGGGAGGAGCCACCAGUCCUGACCAACAAGGUAAAGGAGCUAAAAACUCAAAUUUGCUGAAAAAAAUAUGGCUUUUUCGGUAGCCGUUACCUGUCUGUCUACCUUUCAAUGUGAUGAUCAAUUACUUUGUCGCUUCAGUGUAAGGUUUACAAGAACACACUGCCGACGACGAUGAUGAUGAUAGUGGUGUUAAUGUUUAUAUGAUGAGGAUGAUGAUGAGGAGGAUAUGGAGUCAAAUGACAAUGGCAAGAACAGCCACAAAAUAAUCAUGGGGCUGUUUCUAUCGGUUGAAGUAUUAUGAUACCGUCUAAAGACAAAGCAGUUGGUCUCUUCAAGAUAAUUGUGUGUAAGCAAAUAUAUUUAUACAUAUAUAUAAACAUAUGUAUCUUACGUAUAUAUAUGUUUAUAAUUAUAUACAUUAUAUAUAUAUAUAUAUAUUUAUGAAUAGAUUAGAUGAUGGGAAAUUGAAUGAAUUGUAUUAUUUAAACUCACCGAGAAGUGGUUUUAAAUAAAGAAUGUCAUUCAUUCCUUUUUCUAUCAUUUAUCUAUUUGUAUAAACUCUACGUAUACUAUGGAAUCACUGAUGUAUAGCCUGUUGCUGGAGCAUUUCCACUGUAUGAUGACAUCAGGUAGCCAAUACUGGUGGACAAGCUUUGCAUAGCAUUCUUCAAGGUUUUUACCCGAAUCUUAUUUAACAUAUUUAUGUGUAUACAUACAUAUAAUAACUGUAUAAUAAAUGAUAUAACAAUGUAUUAUAUAUAUGCAUAUUUAU